AUGAGAUUGCUAAGCUUUACUGUAAAACCAAUUGCUGAAGCUAAUCACAUAUUGCUACUUCACUCAGAUUCGGUUAAUUUUAUUGAACUUGCAGAAGGUAAGAAACAAAUAUUAUCGUCAAUAUCUAUGGAAGGUAUCGCUGAGUAUAUAAAAGAUAAAGCAAAAAAUAUAAUAGUUAUGUGUGGUGCUGGUAUAUCUACAUCAGCUGGUGUUCCUGACUUCAGAACCCCAGGUACUGGUUUAUACGACAAUUUGGCAGAAUAUAAUCUGCCCUAUCCGAUGGCUGUGUUUGAUCUUGAGUUUUUCAAGACGAAGCCCGAACCAUUCUUCUUACUGGCAAAAAAGUUAUUCACGAAGUCAUUGAAGCCUACAUAUUGUCACUAUUUCAUUCGUUUACUUCAUGAAAAAGGACUCCUUCUAAGACUCUUCACUCAAAAUAUCGAUUUAUUGGAAAAUGUUGCUGGAAUAAGUGCGGACAAAGUUGUUACAGCGCAUGGGUCACACUGUACGAGCACUUGCUUGAGCUGUGGUCAAAAAUAUGAUCUGAAAUGGAUUAGCGAUAAAAUUUAUGACGAAAAAUGUGUGGUCGCUUAUUGUGAUAAAUGUCAUGGCAUUGUUAAGCCUGAUAUUGAUUUUCCAAAGUGCGAUUUGUUAUUAAUAAUGGGUACAUCGCUAACUGUUCAUCCUUUCGCUAGUUUAGUGCAUGAAGUAGGUAAUGAUGUGCCGCGAUUACUAAUCAAUUUAACGGAAGCAGGAAAGCAAGAUGCAUCUUUAAAUAUGAUGUAUUCAUUUGGAUAUCGUCUUGCUUAUGGUGAAGAUGGAAAUUAUCGAGAUGUAUUUUGGAAGGGAACAUGCGAUGAUGGUGUAAAGCGUUUAGCUGAACUUUUAAACUGGAAAGACGAACUUUAUUCUCUUGUUGAGAAAGAAUGGAAAAAAAUUAAUGAAGAAAAUACGAAGCAUGCAGAGGCAAAAAAAUAA